AUGAGUUCCGGGAAGAUUGUAAUCCUAUAUUUCCGUAAAGUUUGUAUACGCAUUACUAUCCCUACCCCUCCCCCCUCCGUGCAGGAAGGGCUAGAUAUUUCGGCCCACGUCAGUUGUUGGGAAAUUAUCGUUCAAAGGGAUGCGGGAUUGCGAGCUUACAAAAACAUUGCGACAAAUAAAAUAUUCUGCAUAAUAGCAAAGAACGUACAAGUCAAUAACGACAAAUCGUCGGAAAUGUCGGAUAUUGCAACAUUUGCUUGA